CUUAUAUAAAUAAUAACGAAAUAAAAAAAACUUUGCUCUUCCCCAACACUCCUUUCCCUUUCCGCUUCUCCCCACUCUCUCCCUCUCUCUCUUCCUCAGCACUCCUUCCCCGGCAGCAAAAAGCUUCGACGCAGACCUCCGGACAAAAUCACCAAACUGUCCAGUCUCAUCUUUCUCCGUUCGUCGCUGAUUCCCCUGCUUCUUCGCGGGUUUUGGCUUUCAUCGAGAAUGGCCAAGUGUCACCACCACAACGUCGGAUCUCUAGUCCUGGAUCACUCCCCGACUUCCUCCGCCGCCGCCUCGGGGACUGGUAAUUUCCGUCUCUGGACUGCCUUCUCCGCCGCUUCAUUUCGCCGUAAAAUCUUCGACGCCGUCAGCUGCGGAGGAAGCUCCCGAUACGGUCACCACGAUCUUGAUGAUGUCGCCGACGACAUUUCCUCCACCGACACCGCCGUCUCAGCGAAGUCCGCCUUGGCGCCGUCGCCGGCGUUGGCGGCGUCGAGCGAGGGUGCAACUAGUGCUAGUAGCGAACAGAGGUGCGGGAAAUCAGCUGUGAGGAGUGUGAAAUCGGAGAGGCUGUCAGAUCUCUUGAGCAUUGCGGAGGUGGAGAGCGAGGCGGAGACGAAGAAGAAAGUCGAAGCGUUGGAGGAGCUGAAGCGAGCGGUGAAGGAAUUGCAGUUGGAAGACGAAGAGGAGAAGAGGAAAGAAGCUGCUCGCCAGGUGAGGUUACUGGCGAAAGAAGAUUCUGGAGCUAGAGUCACUUUGGCUAUGUUAGGUGCGAUUCCUCCUCUAGUCGGCAUGCUCGAUUUCGAAGACGCCGAUUCUCAGAUCGCCUCCCUCUAUUCCUUGCUCAAUCUCGGCAUCGGGAACGACGCGAACAAAGCUGCCAUUGUCAAAGCAGGGGCUGUCCACAAGAUGCUAACGAUUAUAUCAUCUCCCAACGCUCCAAACCCAUCAGUAUCGGAGGCAAUAGUAGCUAAUUUCCUCGGAUUGAGCGCACUGGACUCGAACAAACCGAUCAUCGGUGCUUCAGGUGCAAUCCCAUUCUUGUUAGGUACUUUAAAGGAUUCAGAUCACAAGACCAGCCCUCAAGCAAAACAAGAUGCUCUCAGGGCUCUUUACAACCUCUCGAUAGACCCAUCGAACGUCACGUUUAUUCUAGAAACGGAUAUGGUCCAGUAUCUCCUCAAUGUAGUGGGGGACAUGGAAGUAAGUGAAAGGAUCCUUUCAAUUUUGAGCAAUGUAGUAUCAACCCCUGAAGGCAGAAAGGAAAUCAGCAGCGCAAAGGACGCAUUCCCGAUUCUGGUCGACGUGUUGAACUGGACCGAUUCGCCCGGUUGCCAAGAGAAGGCCUCUUACAUUUUGAUGGUGAUGGCUCAUAAAGCAUAUGGAGAUCGACAGGCAAUGAUCGAGGCAGGGGUUGUGUUCUCCCUGCUUGAAUUGACCCUUCUGGGGAGCGCUUUGGCACAGAAAAGGGCUUCGAGGAUACUCGAGUGUCUCAGAAUAGAUAAAGGGAAGCAAGUUUCCGAGCAUUAUGGAGGCAAUAUGGGGCCGGCGGUUUCUGCUCCUAUAUGUGGCACGUCGUCAUCUUCUGCUCAGGUCGACAACGAUACCAACGAGUGCUUGUUGGAGGUGGAAGGCAUGAUGAGUGAGGAGAAGAAGGCAGUGAAGCAAUUGGUGCAACAGAGUCUGCAGAACAACAUGAGGAGGAUUGCCAAGAGGGCCAAUUUGCCUCAGGAUUUCGCGCCCUCAGAGCACUUCAAGGCACUCACAGCAAGUUCAACCUCCAAGAGUUUACCUUUUUGAUGCCGCAGCAGCAACAUGAAAUCACGAUAGACAGAUCCGUGGAGGCUCUACUGAAAGAGGAGUGAGAGAAGGAGCGUGGGGAGGAAAUGGCACAUGAGCUUGCUUUCCAGAAUUGCUUCGCAGAGCAGAGCACUCACUAUUUUCUUCUCACCCCACCAAAACCACCACGACGAUGCACAUAAUUUAGGUGACGAAAAUUUCUAAUAUCUUUUUUAUUUUUAUUUUAGGUGACUAUAUAGUAAUAUCUACAUGUUAGUGGUUAGCACUUAGCAGUAGUCAUAUUAGUGGUACGGUAUGGUCCUUCUUUUAUGUUUGCCCGCUGUAAUGGUUCUGGUCUCCCCCUACUCCCUCCAUGUUCUUUGUCGUGCAGCCUGUUCUUUACUGUUUUGUCCACCCUGUAAAUAUUCUGCCUCCCUCCUUAAACAAUUUUCCAUGGAUCUGAUCUAAACCCCGAUUUUGUUGGAAGGGUUGAAUAAUUCUUCUUAGUUAAUGGAUAACUCACUGUAAUCCACUAGUUUACUGAGGGGGACAGCUAUGGAAGUGAUUUCUUCACUCUCAGUACAGCGGUCCAUUAUUAUAACCGAUUGAUCCAGCCUGUUGGUUUGCCGGUGGUUACCUGGAAACAUUUGUGCUACAGUGCUGCUGACGUUGUUGGGUCGUCGCUAGUACUGUAACCAAAUUCAGCUGCUAGUGAAAUGUAGUGCUAAACUUAUGUACCAUUUAUAGGUUUUAAUUCUAUGGGGAGCAGAGCAGGUAACUCCAGCAACGUAUUGGUGUGUGUAUUAAAUGGUCAUGAUGGCAAACACCAAAGGAUGAUGGCAUGGCAGGUUGAUGGAGGUGUCUACCAAUUGCAAUUAUUACUGCGUGCUGAAAUCAUCGAUGGAUGCAAAUCAAAGUGAUGAGUUAUGAGCUUAGGUCUGCAUACAAAUUUGGCAAUUUUUAGUAGGGUUUUGGGUUGGGACGGAUGAUUGAGUCAGCUCGUUAGGGGUAUAAUGCCACAGAAGAAGCAAUUGCAUUUAUGGAGAAUUGAUCGCAGAGACGAGAGAGACAGGGAGGGAUCGUAAUGGUACGACAAUGUUUGGUGUUCCUAUUUUCGUGACUACAAUUGAAAGGGUCGCAGGCGGUGGUGAAAGGACAUGAUUUUGGGCCCGUCUUGAUUAAGCACGGAUUUUGUAUCAAAGUUCGAUCAUGACAUAAGAUGUUGUACUAAGAAUUAAAAUUGAAAAGGCCC